AGAGCUGUCGCGGACGGCGACAGGACACCGGACGGGCCACGCCAUGAGGCUCCUCCCCCGCCUGCUUCUGCUUCUCUUGCUCGUGUUCCCCGCCACCCUCUUGCUCCGAGGCGGCCCUGGAGGCUCAGUAGCAGAAGCUCAAGAUCUUAGAGAAGAUGAAGAAACAGUGGAAGAUUCAGUAAUUGAAGAUGAAGAUGAUGAAGCAGAGGUGGAAGAAGAUGAACCCACAGAUUUGGCAGAAGAUAAAGAGGAAGAAGAUGUAUCUGGUGAGCCUGAAGCUUCGCCAAGUGCAGAUACAACUAUCCUAUUUGUAAAAGGAGAAGAUUUUCCAGCAAACAACAUUGUGAAAUUCUUGGUAGGCUUUACAAACAAGGGCACAGAAGAUUUUAUUGUUGAAUCCCUAGAUGCCUCAUUUCGUUAGCCACAGGACUACCAGUUUUAUAUCCAGAAUUUCACAGCUCUUCCUCUGAACACUGUAGUCCCACCCCAGAGACAGGCAACUUUUGAGUACUCCUUCAUUCCUGCAGAGCCCAUGGGUGGACGACCCUUCGGUCUAGUCAUCAAUCUGAACUAUAAAGAUUUGAACGGCAAUAUAUUUCAAGAUGCUGUCUUCAAUCAAACAGUUACAAUUAUUGAAAGAGAGGAUGGCUUAGAUGGAGAAACAAUCUUUAUGUAUAUGUUCCUUGCUGGUCUUGGGCUCUUGGUUGUGGUUGGCCUUCAUCAACUCCUGGAAUCUAGAAAGCACAAGAGAUCUGUACAGAAAGUAGAGAUGGGUACAACAAGUCAGAAUGACGUUGACAUGAGUUGGAUUCCUCAGGAAACUUUGAAUCAGAUCAAUAAAGCUUCACCAAGAAGGUUGCCCAGGAAGCGGGCACAGAAGAGAUCAGUGGGAUCUGAUGAGUAAAUGUUCUUUUGUGCAACAAUACAGUCUUUACUUAACCUGCCCUAAUGUUUUUCGGCCUGAUGGGAAUUAGUGCAGAGAAACCAUGUCACCAUAGAAGCAACUACUACUUGUGUGUGGACUGAGCAAUCAGAGUCUGUGGCGAUAAUAUUUUUGAACGUGCAUUGCAUUCAUUUUUCUAAAGUAACAAAUUUGGGUUUUUUUUAACCAUUAAAAUCUAUGUGUGUGUGUGUGUGUGUGUGUGUGUGUGUGUAUGUGAGCAGUUGGUCUUACCAGAAUCAUCGUUGAACUUCCUGAAGCAUGCCUUUAGAAUACUGAAUAUUAAUUGCCUUUCUUGUUGACAUUUUCAAUAUGUAUUUUCUCCCCGAAGUCCAUAUUUAUCUAAUAUUAUAGAUGUCCUAUGUUGGACUGUUUAAAGAAAAUAACUUGUUUCAUCCUUAGGAUCCCAGUUGAUAGAACAAAUUAGCAUUUGGUUGUCAUCAUUGCUGUUUUACAACUAGUAUUCUAAAGGCAUAAGCAGGAGCAGCAGCUUUUUAGCAAUAGAGUUAUUUUGGUAUUUUGCUGCUGUUUACUAUAAUAUGCACCUUCAGAACACUGCCCAAAUGAGUUCAAGGGAUCUCUAGCAACAAAAUUGUGAAACAUGAAAAUUCUGCUGAUUUUGGUGUAUAAAAUCCACCUCACUCUCUUUUUUUUUAUCA